GGCAGGAGGUGGGACAGGUGGGUAGGGUUUUUUUUCAGGGUCCUGCAGCUGGCAUCCUGGCUACGUGGUGUGGAGUUUCCUUAAGGUCAGCGAGGAAGGAGGCCCCAUCCCUGCAGAAGCGGGAACUAGCGUCUACCCAGGAUGAAGGCUGUUAGUAAAACCACGAAGGCCCGGAAUGAGAAACUCCAGAUAACUGAAUGUUCAGAUUCCAAGUCUUCUCCUUCCCCCAUCUCAACCCCUCAGACCUCAGAGCCUGAGCAACCCCAGAUGGCUAGCCCUUCGGCCUGUAAAUCCCUGCAUGCCGUCAGUUCAGCUUCCUCAGUCUUGAAAUCCAAGAUGGUACCUACUGAGGAGGUGGCUGGGGUGGGCCACUAUUAUGAUGAUGAUGUCUUAUCAUACCUUUGGGCUGAGGAGGAGAGUAAAGGAUCGGCUGUGUCAAAAAAGCAUGAAGCCCCUCCUGACCGACCAUCCUGGGCCAAUAAGAUGGAGUACUUUCUGGCCCAAGUGGCCUUCUCUGUGGGGCUCAGCACCAUCUGGCGGUUUCCCUAUCUGUGUUUUCACAAUGGAAAUGGCAGUUUUGUCAUCAUCUACAUCCUCAUGCUGUUCUUGGUCGGGGUUCCUCUCCUUUUCCUGGAGAUGGCCGCUGGUCAGAGGAUGCGGCAGGGCAGCAUUGGUGUAUGGAAGGUCGUCAGCCCCUGGCUUGGUGGUGUGGGGUACAGCAGCUUUAUGGUGUGCUUGAUCAUGGGUUCCUACUACAGUGUGCUCACGGCCUGGUGUCUCUACUAUUUGAUUCAGUCUUUCCAGUCUCCACUACCUUGGACACUGUGCCCCUCACUGGGGAACUCCAAUAAAACCGAUCCCGAGUGUGCGCGGACAACGCCCACCACGUACUUCUGGUACCGGCAUGUCUUGAUGACCACAGACGAGAUCGAGAUGGGCGGGUUGCCCGUCAGGCAUCUCAGUAUGUCCCUCUUUGUCACCUGGUCAAUCAUCUGCAUCUCCGUGAUAAAAGGCCCCAAGUCCAUUGGGAAGAUGCUGUACAUCUCCGUGCUCCUUCCCUACAUCAUCCUCUUCUGCCUCAUUAUCCGGAGUCUCCUAAUGGAGGGGGCACGGUUUGGUCUCAAGACUUUGUUGGCUACUCAGGUGUCAGCCCUGUACUCUGUGGAAGUGUGGCGCCGCACAGGGAACCAGAUCUUUCUGUCCUUGGGCCCUGGCCUUGGCAGCUUCACCGCCAUCAGCUCUUACAUCCCUCGGUCCAACAACUGCGUCAUUGAUGCCUUUGCCGUGGCCAUCCUGAACCUGGCCGCCUCAGGGACUGCGGUGGUGCUUGUAUUUGCCCUAAUGGGCCACUUGGCCACAGAGAACACCAUAAAAUGUCAGCUGAAGAAUGCUGAGACCCUGAUGAAUCUGGUCAGGACUGGGGUUCUGCCGCCUGAGGCCCAGCCCCCAGAUAGUGUGUAUAAAGACGCAGGCUCCAUCUACCCCAGGUGGUUCGACAGCCUCCCGGAUCAAGUCAAGGGAGCCGCCCUUCCCCAUUUGCUCAUUUGCAAUUCAUCUAGGGAAUUGGAGGAGGUCAUGGAGGGCCCAGGGGUGGCCAUUGUGGCCUUGACUGAGAUCACCUGUGGCUUCACUGGAGCCCCCUUCUGGGCCAUCAUCAUCUUCUUGUUGCUCUCGAACCUGGGGCUGAGCGCCAUGACAGGGAUCAUGCAGGGCAUCAUCACCCCUCUCCAGGACACCUUCUCUUCCCUCAGGAGACAUAGGAAGCUGCUCACAGCGAGCGUCUGUGCGCUCAUGUUCCUGGGCAGCCUCGCUUACAUGAGGCCCUCGGGCAGCUACUUUGUGAACCUGCUGGACGAUUACUGGACAUCCCUGCCUUUCCUCUUCAUUGUCAUCUUGGAGAACGUGGCCAUGGCCUGGAUCUAUGGGGCCAGGAGGUUCCUCGCAGACCUGGUGACCAUGAUGGGCCGCCCCAUCUCCCCGGUCUACCGCUGGCUGUGGUGCUGCCUGACCCCCGCAGUGCUGCUAGUGCUGUUUGUAGUCACGCUGUAUAACCUGUGUAUGAACCCCAUCAGCUACAUCGCGUGGAACUCAAGCAUUUCAGACGAGGUGAAGCAGACUUACCCCUCCUGGGCUAGAACCUUGCUCGCCCUCCUCAUCAUGGUCGCCAUAUUGCCCAUCCCCGCCUACUCCUUGUACACUCUCGUUCGGACGAAGCUCAUGGUCUCCUUGAGCCACAGCAGGGACACAUGUCUCAUCAGAUUUGAAUCAGCAAAGACCUUUCAGAGCUCAGUCCGUCGCUUGAGGAAGAGCCUCAAGAUGAGUAAGACAGAUAAGUAAGCAGGGGCGGACUUUCUGCCAUGUGAGUAAUUCAUCUUGGAAAUAAAGACUUGGCUCGAGUCGCGUAACGGCGCUUCUUUUUCAACGUGCCACU